AUGGCCCCUGCCAGCCGGAAUGUCGCCGUCCUGGCGCUGUCGGUGCUCUACCUGUGCCGGACAAUCAUCUCCACCGAGUACUUCUCCACCCUCACGCUCUUCAAGAACGAGCUCCACAAGCAGGGGUGCAGCUCUCUGUCCGACUGGGAGGAUUAUGCGGCGGACUGCGAAAACCACAACACAAACGAAGAACUCGCUAUUUGUUACGUUCUCAUAGGAAACGGCCUUUACGAUGAAGCCAUCAAGCACUUCUCCCUCCUAUUGCAGAGUGACCCGGAGCUGAUCAGCGCCAUCUACGGACGGGGGAUCGCUUACGGGAAGAAAAGUUUACAGGACAUAAAGAACGCCGACCUGGCGCUUUACGAACUCAACCGGGUCAUCACGCUGGAGCCCAACUGGCCAGAGGUCUACGAGCAGAGAGCCGAGAUCCUGUCUCCUUUGGGCCGGAUCAGCGAGGCUUUAAGUGACCUGACCAAAGCCAUCCACCUGCAGCCCUCCGCCCGCCUGUACAGACACAGAGGGACUCUGCUCUUCAUCUCAGAGGACUAUGUGGCGGCCAUGGAGGACUUCCAGAGAUCCCUGGAGCUGAAGAAGAACCAGCCUAUUGCCAUGCUCUACAAAGGCCUCACCUUCUUCCACCGGGGCAUGCUAAAGGAAGCCAUUGAGACAUUCAAAGAGGCCCUGAAGCUGAAGUCGGACUUUAUAGACGCCUAUAAGAGCCUCGGACAGGCCUACAGAGAGUUGGGCGACUUUGAGUCUGCGAUGGAGAGUUUCCAGAAGGCUCUAAUGCUGAAUCCCAACCACAUCCAGUCCCUGCAGCUGCGCGGGAUGAUGCUGUACCACCACGGCUCCCUGCAGGAGGCCAUAGGAAACUUCAAGAGGUGCCUGCAGCUGGAGCCCUACAACGAGGUGUGCCAGUACAUGAAGGGCCUGAGCCACGUGGCCAUGGGGCAGUUCUACGAGGGCAUCAAGGCCCAGACCAAAGUGAUGCUGAACGACCCGCUGCUGGGCCAGAAGGCCAGCCCCGAGUACCUCAAAGUCAAGUACCUCAGAGAGUACUCUCGGUACCUGCACUCCCACCUGGACGUGCCCGUGGUGGAGUACAACGUGGACCAGGACCUACCGGGGAACUUUAAGAACCACUGGGCGAAGAACCUGCCUUUUCUCAUAGAGGAUUACGAGGAGCAGCCGGGUCUGCAGCCGCAUAUCAAAGACGUGCUCCCUCAGAACUUCGACAGCUACAGCCCAGAGGUCCAGAAGCUGAUCUGCAGCGCCGACCACCUGGGAGCCCUGAUGCAGUACGACACCCCCGGCUUCCUACCCAACAGGAGGAUCCACAGAGCCAUGGGACUGGCCACGCUGGAGGUGAUGCAGGCCAUGCACCGGACGUGGAGCAACUCCAAAGUGCGGGUGAACGGAAAGACCCGGCAGAUGCAGUGGAGGGACAUGUUCGACAUAGCCGUGAAGUGGAGGAGGAUCGCGGACCCGGACCAGCCGGUUCUGUGGUUGGACCAGAUGCCGGCGAGAAGCCUCAGCAGAGGCUUCAACAACCACAUCAACCUGAUCAGGGGGCAGAUUAUCAACAUCAGAUACCUGACCUACUUCGACAACAUCCUAGACUUCAUCAAAGACAGAAUACUGGUUUACCACGGGGCCUACAACCCCCGGGGGCUCUUGGAGGUCCGCCAGGCCCUUGAAAAUGUGAAUAAAGUAGAAGAUUUGCUCCCCAUAAUGAAGCAGUUCAACAGUAAAACCAGGGACGGCUUCACGGUCAACUCCAAGGUGCCCAGCACCAGGGACCCCGGGAAGGAGUACGACGGCUUCACCAUCACCAUCACAGGAGACAGGGUGGGGAACAUGCUGUUCUCCGUGGAGACGCAGACCACGGAGGAGCGGACGCAGCAGUACCAGUCGGAGAUCGAGUCCAUCUACAAAGACCUCACGGCCAAGGGGAAGGCCCUGAUGCUGUCCACAGAGCUGGGGGACUCGGACGCGGUGUGCAACCUGAUCCUGUCCCUGGUUUAUUACUUCUGCAACCUCAUGCCUCUGUCCAGGGGAUCCAGCGUGGUGGCCUACUCCGUGGUCAUGGGGGCGCUGAUGGCCAGCGGGAAGGAGGUCAUCGGGAGGAUCCCCAAAGGAAAGCUGGUGGACUUUGAGGCCAUGACGGCUCCCAGUCCGGACAGCUUCAGUAAAACAGCAAAGAGCUGGAUGAACCUCAAAAGUUUACCCAGUUGGUACCAGAGUCUACCAUCGGUGGCGGAGACGUUCCCGUCCAUCCGGACCAUGAUCGAGGUCCUCAACACAGACUCGAUCGCGGACCCGGACCAGCCGGUUCUGUGGUUGGACCAGAUGCCGGCGAGAAGCCUCAGCAGAGGCUUCAACAACCACAUCAACCUGAUCAGGGGGCAGAUUAUCAACAUCAGAUACCUGACCUACUUCGACAACAUCCUAGACUUCAUCAAAGACAGAAUACUGGUUUACCACGGGGCCUACAACCCCCGUGGGCUCCUGGAGGUCCGGCAGGCCCUUGAAAAUGUGAAUAAAGUAGAAGAUUUGCUCCCCAUAAUGAAGCAGUUCAACAGUAAAACCAGGGACGGCUUCACGGUCAACUCCAAGGUGCCCAGCACCCGGGACCCCGGGAAGGAGUACGACGGCUUCACCAUCACCAUCACAGGAGACAGGGUGGGGAACAUGCUGUUCUCCGUGGAGACGCAGACCACGGAGGAGCGGACGCAGCAGUACCAGUCGGAGAUCGAGUCCAUCUACAAAGACCUCACGGCCAAGGGGAAGGCCCUGAUGCUGUCCACAGAGCUGGGGGACUCGGACGCGGUGUGCAACCUGAUCCUGUCCCUGGUUUAUUACUUCUGCAACCUCAUGCCUCUGUCCAGGGGGUCCAGCGUGGUGGCCUACUCGGUGGUCAUGGGGGCGCUGAUGGCCAGCGGGAAGGAGGUCAUCGGGAGGAUCCCCAAAGGAAAGGUGUGUGGGCUCUUUAUGGUCAUUUUCAGUGGAUUUGAGCUUAUUUUUUGGAAAAGAUCAGCAUGA